AGAGACCAUAUUUGUGCCUGGAGGAAGCUGCUGCCUCCCGGGCUCUGGCUACCGCAGAGAAGAGGGCGCUCCCGGGGCGCGGGGGCAGGGCACAGGCUCAGGAGCGCGGGGGGGCCUCUGCCAGCCACCGAGCCUCCCAGGACGGCCACCGAGCCUCCCAGGACGGCCGCCAUGGCCCUGAGGAACGUGCCCUUCCGCUCCGAGGUCCUGGCCUGGGACCCCGACAGCCUGGCCGACUAUUUCAGGAAGCUCAACUACAAGGACUGCGAGAAGGCGGUGAAGAAGUACCACAUCGACGGUGCGCGGUUUUUGAGCCUGACAGAAAAUGACAUUCAGAAGUUCCCCAAGCUCAGGAUGCCGAUCCUCAGUAAGUUAAGUCAAGACAUCAACAAGAAUGAGGAGAGGAGGAGCCUUUUCACACGUAGACCCCAGGUCCAGCGGUUUCCUGAAGAGAGAGAAAGCCAGGAGGAGGAGGAUGGCGGCUGGUCGUCUUUCGAAGAUGACUACGAGAGCCCCGACGAGCCCGACGAGGAGGACGGGGACCAGGGCGACUACGAGUCCCCGACCGAGGGGGAGGAGGCGCCUGCGGAUGAGGCGGACUACGAGCCCCCGCCCUCCCACGACGAGCAGGCCCUGCAGGGCGCCAUCCUGCCCGCCCCGCCCCUGGCCAGCUCGGGCUCCAUGUACAUCGACCGCCCCCCCGCCGGGAAGGCCCCCCAGCAGCCCCCCGCACUGCCCCAGAGGUCGACAGCCGCCCCCCCUCCGCCUCCUGCCAGCCGGGGUCACAUGCCCCUCCUCAUGCCCCAGGCCAACCAGGAAGAACCUACCCGGGGGCAAAACCACAAGCCGACCAAACUGCCAGCCCCUUCCAUAGACAGGAGCACGAAGCCACCCCUGGACCGCUCGCUGGCCCUGCCGGACAGGGAGGCCUUCAUGCCAGGGAAGAAGCCAGCAUUUGCUGACAAGCCCGUGGCCCUGGCAGGAGGAAGGGUGCCCGGGGAGCAUCUGCCCAAGAUUCAGAAGGUGCCGGAGCGAGCCGUGCCCCUGGCCGGGAAGAAGCCGCCAGUGCCCAAGCACGGAUGGGUACCGGAGAGAAGAGAGAAUGAUGAAGAUGACGUGCAUAAGAGACCUCUGCCUCAGCCGGCGCCACUCCCACUGAGUUCCAGCACUUUCCACUCAAGGUCCGCCAAGCCAAGUCCCAAGCCCCCCCUCCCUGCGUCCCACAGCCCCGGACCCUUCAACGAAAGCAGCAGCUUCCCGCACAGCGCCUCCCUGCCGUCAUACCUCUCCCAAGGGCUUAGCAACAGACCCCCUCCCCGAGCGGAGGGGAGGAACUUCUCCUUGCCGGUUCCCAGCAAGCCGCAGCCACUGUCCCCUGGAGCAGAGGUGAGGAGCCACACGAAUUCCUUAGAGGAAGAGUGGUACGUUUCUUAUAUCACCCGGCCAGAGGCAGAGGCUGCGCUUAGGAAGAUAAACCAGGACGGCACUUUUCUGGUUAGAGACAGCUCUAGAAAAACAGCCACCAACCCGUACGUGCUCAUGGUGCUUUACAAAGACAAGGUGUACAAUAUCCAGAUCCGCUACCAGGAGGACAGUCGGGCGUACUUGCUGGGAACUGGCCUCCGAGGGAAAGAGGACUUCCUCUCUGUGUCACACAUCAUCGAUUACUUCCGGAAGAUGCCGCUCCUGCUCAUCGAUGGCAAGAACCGAGGCUCCAGAUACCAGUGCACACUGACACACGCUGCGGGGUACCGCUAGCCAGCCAGCCCUGCAGACAAGCUUUCCUCUCGCCUCGUGAUUGGACGAACACUUGGGACUGAAAUGACCCUCAACACAUGAACGCAAGAGGCUUCUUGUUUUCCAUUUCCAUAAAAUGUUUGAAGACUGCCAAA